AUGAAGAAGAAAAGCCUAAGCGUCAAUCAUCCUCAAAGUCCCCAUUCUUGGCGCCAAUUGUGGCGCCAUUUCUCUAGAGCUCAACUUUGUCUUGGUGAUGACCACAUCGUCAACCAAUACCAUACCAUCGCUCUCUCCUCUACACUCGGUAUAGAUCUGUACCUUGGCAUCUGUCUUGCCAACCAAGUUCUUCUUGGGUUUGUAGACGAGUGUGUUCUUCUUCCAUUUACCCUUCUUGAGAGGGGUGGGAACGGAACAAUAACUAUCUUUGUUAACACAGAUUUGGAGCCAGCAGUCGCGGGACUUGGCAGCUUGACCCCAGGCUGUGACGGUGCCCAUGGAGACAAAGAUCCGGAUUCAAAUCCACCAUUUGUGAUUGUUGCCGCUGGGCAAGUGGAAGUGGUGCUAGAACUCGAACUUGAGGAAGUAAGGGUAGAGAAUGAAGAUGGAGCAGCAGAGGAAGUUGGUAGAAUUGAGGAGGACUCGGCCGAGGAGGAGAAUAAUGUACUGCUGGGAAGUUCAGAGGUAGUGGACGAGCUUUGGAUUUCAGUGGUGGAAGCAGCUGAAGUGGUGGGGAGCACGGUACUUGGGAUGGUACUGGAUUCCGAGCUAAGGACUAAAGAUGAUUCGGAGGUGAUGGAAGCAGCUGAAGUGGUGGGGAGCACGAUUCUGGAAGUACAGAUGAGAGAAGAAACGGCAGAUGAACUGGUUGGAAUGUUCGAAGAAGUUUCAGAAAUUGCAGAAGUACUAGCGACUCCACUGGAUGAGACUACACCGCUGGAGGAUGCUAUAGUCGAAGACGCGACAUUCGAAGAUGAUGCAAUUGAGGAUCCGACACUUGAAGUUGUUCCAGGAACUUCUGAGGAUAGAGGAAUGCUGGAGCUAGCUGUGGCUGAUUGA